UGUGAAAAUGAGUGGACGAGGGAAAACCGGUGGUAAGGCUAAGAGCAAGCCCAAGUCUCGCUCGUCUCGGGCCGGACUGCAGUUCCCGGUGGGCCGUGUUCACAGGCACCUGAGAAAGGGUAAUUAUGCUGAGCGGGUGGGUGCCGGAGCCCCAGUCUACCUGGCUGCUGUACUCGAGUACCUGACGGCUGAAAUCCUCGAGUUGGCCGGCAACGCGGCCCGAGACAACAAGAAGACCCGCAUCAUCCCCAGACACCUGCAGCUGGCCGUCCGCAACGACGAGGAGCUCAACAAGCUGCUGGGAGGGGUGACCAUCGCUCAGGGCGGGGUACUGCCCAAUAUCCAGGCCGUGCUUUUGCCCAAGAAAUCCGGCGGACCCGCCAACCCCAAGGGCAAAUAAACAAGUGAAACGUCAGUUAAAAGACCCAAAGGCUCUUUUCAGAGCCACCCAUAUUGUCUGCGGAAAGGGGUGAUGGGGGUGACUCCAGCUUUUUUCGAUCUGCGCUCCAUUCGUAGCGUAUUAAACUCUGAAGCGCGUUUCCUUCCCUGAAAAUAGUAUUAUUCUGCAUACAGCGCUCUCUCUGAACCUGGCCUCCGUUCUAGUCCCGUAUUUUACCGAGAAUUAAUGUUUUUCUACCUCUUGGAUGACUGCAGAGCGGUGCUUGAUUGGCGGUAAAUUGCCUAAUCUCAUUAGGGAUUUCCCAGUUCUGAGAGGAAAUGCCCGAUUGGAGAGCGUCCUUAUUCGCCAAUGAACAGGCAAUAGGAGAAGCGCCAAAACUAACGGCCAGACCACUAAAAUUGUGAAAGCUGUAACGUCCGCGAAGAGAAAGAUAAUUUUAUAGAACCGUCCGAAAGUUUGUGUGUGUAUUUAUAUUAUGUUUGUGAAUGGGGCCACAUGAUCCUGAUCCGUUUUUAAUAAACUGCGCGAAUUAAGUCUAAUGUUCAAAGUAAAAUUAUCAAACUGUGUAGAGAAUGUGCAGCCGUG